CAAAGAGGAAGGUAGUAAUCAGGCGGGGAUGUGACGAUGAUCUCACCGAAUUAGAAGCAAUUAAAAAAAAUACCAUCUUUGUGGAGGGCGUCCGCGCAAGAAAUCCUCGUCGUCUCGUCGCGGAGCGGCACGGUUUGAAUCGCAGCGACAUUACGAGAGCGAGUUCUCUUGUCCGCUUCCUUCUUCUUCCUCCUCCUCCUCAAUCCGCAAUCCGCAAUCCGCAAUCCGCAAAGCUGCGGCGGAUACAAGAGUCCAGGAAAGAGAGAGCAACGGGAGGAAGUCGAGAGCGGCCCGCGGCCACACGACACAGGUAAGUGAGGGAGACAAGAUGGUGCAGAAGGAGCUGCCACAGGCAUGGUGGUUUGACAGCCAUAACCUCGCAAGGACGUCUCCAUGGCUAAGCAACACGCUUUCAGAAUUAGAUGACAAGACCAAGCAGAUGCUCAAGAUGAUCGACCAAGACGCCGACUCGUUCGCGCAGCGCGCCGAGAUGUACUACAAGAAGCGCCCUGUCCUGGUGGACAUGCUCGGCGACCUGUACCGAGCACACCGUUCGCUAGCAGAGCAGCUCGACCUUCUCAAGCACGGCAAUGGCACACGCCACACGGUGUUCGGGCCGUCCUCCUGUACCCAGACCUGGUCUCAGGCAGCAGCAGCCGCCAUGGGUGGCGGCAAGGGAGAAAGGAGCAGCAGGUCUUCGAACUCGGCCUGCUCAGACACCUACGACUCUGAAUCUGAAGUCGAUGACCCUGAGCAAGACGACGACAUGGAGGAGGAGAUGUCUGAAUCCGAGGCCGUGGAAGAGUCACGAAGGCAAUCAGAGCUGAUGCGUGCAGAGAUCGAGCUGCUCAGGGAGGAGAAGAACGCGGCGCUGCAGAGGGCGGGCGCAGAGAUCGAAGUGCUCAGGGGGAAGAACGCGGCGCUGGAGGCGGAGCUCGCCGCGAAGGACGAGGAGAAGAGGGAGGCCAUCAGGCAGCUCGCGUCGUCGUUCGACAUCGUGAGGGAGGAGAAUUCUACCUUGCGCCGCGAGUGCAUCAAGAACUCGAAGAACUCCUCCUCCUCCUCUCGUGGAUUCGAUUUCAAGAAGCUGACCAGAGAUCUGUUCUCCGCGAAGCUCUUCACAGCGCACUGCAAGGCUACUACUGGUCCAAUGGUUGCUCUAUGAUCGAGCUCGGUGCAGCUGAAUUGUUUGUUCAUCCAGAGAAGACGACAUGCACCACAGUCCUUCCUGACGUUUUGCUAAUGGGAAUCUCAUUCUUGUAGCUCAUUUAGUCUCUGAAUAUAGAUAUGAUCAUGUGCCCCUCCCUGUCUGUUCUGUUCUUUCAUUAUUCAGGGUUUAUUCAGAUUUAGCCAGUAGAUGACUCGUUUGAACUGUCAUUGUGAAAAUACCCAUGUGCAUCAGUAUUUACUGCAGUACAAGAAUUAACCAUAUGAAUGCUUGUAUGAUAUGAUGUCCAGAUCACUGAUGCUGGGGUGUUCCAAC